GGCAGUGACCAAACAUCAUGAAUUCAUGAAAGCAAAACAUAACCUAGAAAUAAUCGCAUGGAGUGCUGCAUUUCAUUUUCAUUUAUUCUCUUUUAAUGUUAUAGAUUUUAGAACUAAAAAUGUCACUUGCAACAAAUAAUAACGGAAUAAUGCUCAACAAGAAAAAGCUCAUGAAAAUUUUAACUGAAAGUUACAAAUUUGUCUCGAGUUUUGAAAAAUACUGCAAGUUUCCCGAUCAAGGUUCUAGAGAUUUUAAUGAAGAUGAUGAAGGGGAUCUUAAAUUCCACAAAGAACCGAACCAGGAUAACCAGGACAAACCAAUCGCUGAUGUCAAAAAAAGACUAGGAGGCUUGGAGGAACUCGAGAUGAAAUUGAAAGAAAUCAGAGGAAAGAAAUUGACGAAUAUUAAGGAUAUAAGGUACAAGAAGAAUCUCAAGACAAGGCUGAAUAAACAGAAGAAAGUAGCCGCUUUCAAACAAGACAAGGAAACUAAAAAGCAGAAGAAGAUGAAGGAAAAGCAGAAACGAAGAGAGGCGCUUGAAAGCAAGAAAGAAGGAGGAGGAGAAGUAUCUGGAACUGGUGAGAAUUCAACUACCGAUGACAAGAUAAUUUUCAACAAAGACAGCAAAAUGGUGUUCAACAAAAUCGAUUUCACCGGGCUGGGAAAAGAGAAGAGCUUUAAAAGAAAGCGAGGUAAAGUUGAGAAAGAUCCUAAACAGUUGCUGGAGAACGUCAAGAAAUCGAAUUCGGAGAUCAAAGCGUUGGAAGAGUCGGGUGAAGCGGGAAAAGCGAAGAAGCUGAAAGAGAAACACAUGUGGGUGUCGGCGUUGAAGCGGGCCGAAGGUGGGAAGGUGAAGGACGACGUGGAGCUUCUGAAGAAGUCGGUGCGAAAGCAGACUCAGAUUAAGAACCAGCGGAAGAAGAAGUGGGAGGAGCGAGUGCAUGCUGUUGAAAAGAAGAAGGAGGAGCGACAGAAGAAGAGGACCGACAAUAUUGCGGCGAGAAAGAAGGAGAAGAAGAAGAACAAGAUCAAGAAAUCUGUCAAGAAGGGGAGGAUAGUAUUGUAAGUUAUAAAUAAAUAUUUUCCAAUCACAA